AAUCCGCUGUGGCUGACAGAAACAUUCCUCGUCUCUUACAGUCGGCCAAUUCUGAGUGUUAGUGGGGGGAAAACACCUGUGAAGACACUUUGGAGGUGAUAAGCCGUGGAAACGCGGGACCGCAUUUUUUGGCUAUGGCUGAUCAUUUGCAGUAUAACGAUUCUAUGGUCGGUGUGGCCAACCGAUUUGCCCGCAAAGGUGCUCUGCGGCAGAAAAACGUGCAUGAAGUUAAAAAUCAUAAAUUCACUGCCAGGUUUUUUAAACAACCGACCUUCUGCAGCCACUGCAAGGACUUCAUUUGGGGAUUUGGGAAGCAAGGAUUUCAGUGCCAAGUGUGCUGUUUUGUGGUGCAUAAGCGGUGCCAUGAGUUUGUCACCUUCUCCUGCCCAGGAGCAGACAAGGGGCCUGACACGGACGACCCCAGAAGCAAGCACAAGUUUAAGAUCCACUCCUACGGGAGCCCCACGUUCUGCGACCACUGUGGCUCGCUGCUCUACGGCCUCAUCCACCAGGGCAUGAAGUGUGACACGUGCGACAUGAACGUGCACAAGCAGUGUGUGAAUAACGUGCCCAGCCUGUGCGGCACUGACCACACGGAACGCCGCGGCCGCAUCUUCCUCAAGAUCGAGGUGGGAGGAGACCGGCUCCAUGUGACAGUUGGGGAAGCACGUAAUCUUAUCCCGAUGGACCCCAAUGGGCUGUCAGACCCAUACGUCAAGCUGAAACUCAUCCCUGACCCCAAGAACGAGACCAAGCAGAAGACCAGGACCAUCCGCUCCUCCCUCAACCCCACAUGGAACGAGUCCUUCACUUUCAAGCUGAAGACCAUGGACAAGGACCGGCGCCUCUCCGUGGAGGUGUGGGACUGGGACCGGACCACCAGGAACGACUUCAUGGGCUCCAUGUCCUUCGGCGUGUCUGAGCUCAUCAAGGCGCCCAUGUGUGGAUGGUACAAAUUGCUGAACCAGGAAGAGGGCGAGUAUUACAACGUUCCCAUUCCAGACGUUGAGGACAUCAAUCAAGUGGAGCUCCGGCAGAAGUUUGAGGCAUGCCAACUAAACCACUUCUUAAAGAAAGCCAAGCUGGGUCCUGGGAAGAAGAUGAUCAACCCAUCAGACUAUCGCCGCUUCAGCCUGCCCUCGGGGAACAUGGACCGGGUGCGCCUCAGCGACUUCCACUUCUUGGCUCUGCUCGGCAAAGGCAGCUUCGGCAAGGUGAUGCUGGCGGAGAUGAAGGCCUCAGAGGAGCUGUACGCCAUCAAGAUCCUGAAGAAGGACGUGGUGAUCCAGGACGACGACGUGGAGUGCACCAUGGUGGAGAAGAGGGUGCUUGCCCAGCGGGACAAGCCGCCGUUCCUCACCCAGCUGCACUCCUGCUUCCAGACAGUGGACCGACUCUACUUUGUGAUGGAGUACAUCAACGGGGGAGAUCUCAUGUAUCACAUCCAGCACGUGGGCAAGUUCAAGGAGCCACAGGCUGUGUUCUAUGCUGCAGAGAUCGCGGUGGGAUUGUUUUUCCUUCACCGAAAAGGAGUCGUCUACAGAGAUCUGAAGCUGGACAACGUGAUGCUGGACUCGGAGGGCCACAUCAAGAUCGCCGACUUUGGAAUGUGCAAGGAGAACAUGUACGAGGGCAUGACCACGCGCACCUUCUGUGGGACACCUGACUACAUCGCCCCGGAGAUCAUCGCGUAUCAGCCCUAUGGGAAGUCCGUGGACUGGUGGGCCUAUGGAGUUCUGCUGUACGAGAUGCUGGCCGGUCAGCCGCCGUUCGACGGCGAGGACGAGGACGAGCUCUUCCAGUCCAUCAUGGAGCACAACGUGUCCUACCCCAAGUCCAUGUCCAAAGAAGCCGUGUCCAUCUGCAAGGGGCUGAUGACCAAGCACCCGUCGAAGCGUCUGGGCUGUGGGCCGGAGGGGGAGAGGGACAUCAGGGAGCAGGCCUUCUUCCGCCGCAUCGACUGGGACCGGCUGCAGAACCGAGAGAUCCAGCCUCCAUUCAAGCCCAAAGUGUGCGGCAAAGGAGCAGAGAACUUCGACAAGUUCUUCACGCGCGCGCAGCCCGUGCUGACUCCGCCCGACCAGCUCGUCAUCGCCAACAUCGACCAGAGCGAGUUCGCCGGCUUCUCCUUCAUCAACCCGCAGUUCGUCCACCCGUCCCUGCACAGCAGCGUCGUAUGAGGGGCCGCCAGACACCAGGA